AAGCCAAACUUUUCCUAUAUCAAACAUGGGACACAGUGAACAUUACGAGUUUCAGGCGAUUCCACCCAUCAGUGAGUUGGAUGAACACAACGUGCCCCUUUUGCAUAGAGACUCUUGUGCCAACCCUUUGAUCAACUAUUACAAAUGUUUGGACAAAGGACUUACCUUCUGCUCUUCCACCAAAGAUGAGUUUUACAAAUGCCAGUACUAUUUAUUGAAGAAGCGGUUGGACGACGGCCAUUAGGGUUCGUCAAUGAACUUCACAACAAAACACACUAUAGAUAGCAUAAUACACAUCAGUUAAGAAAGUUCACAAGUUUGACAGAGUUUCGACUUUCGGUUUCGCUGACUACACACUCUGUUAUCUGACGAGGUGUUUUAUUCAGGCAUUAAAGAGACAAGGGUCGGAGAAGUCUCUUACCAGUAGUUGUUGGUGGUGUCUUUUGUAGUUUGUGAUUUCUCUCACGCCUCUACCGCCACUGCCAGCCAAGCCGCACCCACCACUGGUGCCAGCUCCCACCAACACCGCGGU